GUCGCGACCCGUAGCUUAGGAAUCUUAGCUCCAGGAUAUCAUCCGGAUCUACUACGGUUUUACCUUGGACGCUGAGAAACAUGUAACGAAAGGAACUCGAUGUUACGCUUGAUAUUUCAUCGGGGAAGAAAGGUACGCUACACGCGUUCACGCAGAGGUUGAGCUUUAACGGAUUAAGAAACACUCUCGUACAGGUCUAACAACCUGGCUAAUUGCUGUUAUAUACUCGCUGGAUUAUUACGUGUGAAUACUGCACGAACGAAUCACGGAAGCUUCGGCUCACACGUCGUUAUUGAAUAAUGAUCUGCAUCAGAAGGACUGUACGCAUAAUAGCUGCCUCCAAUCAGUAGUCGCUACUGCUUUGCUUUCUUUGUUACGAUCUUGCAGUACGGAUGAUGAUCGUAGCAGCAUUUCGAAAGAAUAGACGCAGCGGAGGUCGACGAAAGGAAAAAAUGAAAAAAAAAAGACAAGUCUGUGGUCUCGGAGGUUCUCGUGUUCGUCCUGACGCAACCUCGUGGACGCUGACGAUGAUAACAAGGAGGAUGACGAAGUGGACGAGUGCUACGUUCGCGCGUCGAAGCGAAUCUUCUUGCAAUUCUAUUCAGACUGACGCAAUUGACGGAGGAUUCUCGUGCAUUGGAAUUCGUAAAUACGUGCUGGUCGCCGGAGGCUACGAGCUGACAGAAGAGAACGAACUGAGGGAAGAAGAGUAGAGGACAUUGAAAUGCUGAACACAUUGGCGUAACUAGGGCUAAGAUAGCUUGAACAACCCCAAACUGUGAACUGGCUAUUCACUUGAAGAGUAAGGGUGUAGAGUGUAUAUCUCAUGUUAGAAAUUUGUACAUGUCCACGAAUCACUUGAGCAUGUAUAACGUGGAUUCUCGACAUCCUUAAUGAAUCUAGGAUCCCUCAUCGCAAAGAUCGUAGUUACGCCAAUGCUUCUCCAACUCGAAUCUUUUGUCGAACGUCCUCGAUGGAACGCUAAUCUGCUGGAAUUCGAAAACGAAUCGCGAGACUUCGAUCCGGGAUCAUCGCGAUCGACGGGAUCGGAACUCGUACGUUGAACAUGUCGCUUCUCGAUUUAAAAGGAUCGACCCGAGUGAAUGGGUGCUCACGGUAGCGGUACAAGCCUUCUCUUCACUUGCUGACUCUAGUCAGGGAAGAAAAUAUAGUUCAGAUCGAUUGCAUAAUGAUGCGGAGGAGCAUCACAUCGGUUCAGCUCGAUGUGAGCUACUUUGAGAAUCUACGGUAACGGCGGGCGUCCCUUCUUCCAGCGUCAACAGUGACCUUUGAAGCUGCUAGCGUAGACCGUUCGCGAGAACGGUGUUCUUCGAGGGUAGGGGUGCAGCUGCCAGAACUACACCGUAUACUUUGGAUCAGCCCCGAGCUAAGAACUUAGACGAUCCAGUUUCUAGUCCGGUAGUCUGUGAAACAUCACCCGGACUCGACCUGUUCGCCUUGGACUCCUGGGGAUAUAAGGGCAGCUUCUCCGAACCGUCGAUCAGAUCCACGCGGAACGCGAUGCCUGAGAUAUUGACGAGGAUUUCUCAACGAUCCCGAGACGCGAAAGUGGAAGUUACAGCUGUGUGUUGAGUGCAAGAACCGUUAUGUCCAGCUUUUGUUGAAGUAUUCGGUUCCUGAAAUUCGAAGACUCAAUAAUUGAGUAUACUUUGACCAAGAAUGGGAGAAGAUCAAGAGGACAAGUAUCCGAAUAAUGUUCUCCUAUUUCGGCUCGCUAUUUCAAAUACUUUCAAACACAUUGCAGAAUCAGUCAGCAAUGAUGAAUUUUCUGAGGUACUGACAAUUCUGAAGUCGAAACCGAAAAUUACGCAUAAGUUACAUAAAGCUCUCGUGAAAGAACUUGAAGAUAACAUGAACGCUGAUUUAGAAGAUAUAUUGAAUGAUGGUAGCAUACAAGAAGGAAUGAAUAAAAUAGCAAAACUAUCGGAUGCAAAUUCUUCAGUAACUGAAGAUGCUUGGAGACCGCCUGGUAAUGUAUCCUUACAUUUGCGAUCAUUGGACGCACAAAAGAUAAAAGAACACAGCGAAGAAUUGGAGAAACGAGUAACUAAAAUGGAGGAGGAAAAUGCAAAUUUAAUGGAAAAGAUUGCAGCUCGGCGAUCGGAAAUGAUUGCUCUAAACGAGAAUAUAGAGCAGUCCCUAAACAGGUCACCGCUUAUAUUAGAUAUGCUAGAGACAAGGCUAGAAAAUUUAAGAAAAAGUUUAACAUUGUUAAAUCGUGAAUAACUAGUAACAUAAGAAAAUUGUAAAUGUUAAAUAACUUUAAAUGUUCUAAGCUUUUAUACUAGAGGCGAACAGAUUAAUUUAUGUAGGGCGAAAUUAUUUUUACAUUUAAGCUUUAUUAAACAGUUGUGAUAUUUUAUAAUUUUAUAUUAUAAUAAUGUAAUUGAAUAAUGUUAGUGCAUUGUACUAUAUGAUUUAUUGCUUCGAAAUUUUUGUAUUAGUAACUCUAGGAUCAUUUAGGAUCGCAAUUACUUUUGCUUCUAAGUUUGGUGGUAUGUGUGUAUUCUCUACUAGUCUUCUUAGUUUCCGUAUUAGUGCUGUAUUCUUCUUCUGAAAAAAAAAAAUUAUGUAAAAAUUUGAUCGGGUAUAUUGAAGUAAUGAAAAAAUGAUUACUUCUUGAA